AUGUCAACCCCCUGUCGGAAGGACACACUGUAUGCACAAUAUAUCGUCUUUUGUGAUUCUUUGAACUUCACUAACGAUUCCCCUGCAAAAACAAAAAUCAGCUUGUUAUCCCAAAAUGUUUAUCACAGCAAAUUCUUGCACGAACUUCCCGACGAAAGUUUAGCCGACUUACUUCCGGUCGCCAAGAAAGUUGCGAAUGCAAUUGGCGCUGAAAACUACAAUAUCUUGCAGAACAAUGGCGCUCUUGCUCAUCAGCAAGUAGAGCAUGUUCAUAUCCACGUGAUUCCCAAACCUAAUAGUCAAGAGGGCUUGGGUAUCGGUUGGCCUUCCAAGUCAACCUCCAAAGAGGAUCUGGCUGCCACCGCCGAAAAAAUUCUUCAAGGGUUCAAGGAUUAG